AUGAGUACUAAUUCACUUCGUUCAGUUGAAUGUAGUGUAUGUUUACAACCGCUUAUUAAUCCAGUUAAAUUACCCUGUGGACAUUCGUUUUGUUUUCUUUGUGUGAAAGGUGUAGCUAAUGUCAGUCAUACUUGUGCUCUUUGUCGAAAACCAUUUCCACGUGAAUUAAUCGAUAAACCUAAUGUAUUAGCAGUAGAACUACGUGAUGAUGAAUCACUUACAUCAACCAAUUCCAUCGCUCGUCAUGUUUGGUAUUAUGAAGGUCGUAAUGGUUGGUGGAUGUAUGAUCAACGAACAAAUGAUGAAAUUGAUCAAUCAUUUCGACGUGGUGAUAGACGAUUAGAAAUUCUUAUAGUUGGUCAUCUUUAUGUUAUUGAUUUUGAAAAUAUGCAUCAAUAUCGUUUAAAUGAUACACAACGUCGACGAAGAAUUAAAUAUGAUCUCAUAUCUGCACCAAAAAAAGGUGUUGGUGGAUUAAAACUUGAUCUACAAAGAAAUACUCAAAAUAGUCCACCAAAUAUAGAUUCACCUGUUGUACCAUCUUUAGCCUCAUCAGUUCCAUCAAUAAUUGCGAAUUCUUCUUCAACUGAUCAUCUUGCUGUGAUAAGAUCUCGAUCGGAUGCUGAUGGUGAAGAACCGACAUUAACACCUCCUAUAAUUCUUCCAGUAGAUGAUACUAAUCGAACAGCAAUUCGACAACCUGCUGAUGGCCUUGGUAAUCCGAGUACAACUAAUACAACAACUUGGCGAACAAGUAAUAAUACUGAAGAACGUCGUGUGAUAUCAUGGAGUAGCGAUGAAGAUGAUGAUAAUGAUAUUCCACCAUCAUCUCGACUUCGACCUGUACUUAUCGGUGGUGAAGAUAAUACCCAACAUAAUCAUUCAAAUGAUGACGAUACAUUAUUAACUAAUCUUUCAUUAAAUACACAAAAUUAA